GAAGACACAACGAAAUGUGCCUUGGUUAUGGCACUGUCAGAGCACACAAAAGUCACUCAGCCACUCAACAUGGAAUGACAGCUGGGAAACUUACUCCACUACAACCAGUCUCACGGCAAGAAACUUGACCACCGUUUGUUUGAACGGGGUGGACUGCGGUCGCUGACCGAUGAUUGAUUUGGCUUUAGUACUAGCUCGAAGGUCUGCGGCCCUAAAGAAUCAGAGAUGUCCGACAAUGGCGCCUCGGCGAUCAGCCUUCUGUCGUAUGAAACACUGGUACACGCCGUGGCAGGUGCAGUGGGUAGCAUAACGGCGAUGUCUGUCUUCUUUCCUUUGGAUACAGCAAGGAUCAGACUUCAGGUGGAUGAGAAUCGGAAGUCCAAAUCCACUGUCAUUCUCCUGGCUGAAAUAGCAAAGGAGGAAGGCCUGUUGUCUCUGUACAGAGGCUGGUUCCCAGUCAUUUCCAGUCUGUGCUGCUCCAACUUUGUCUACUUUUACACCUUCAACACGCUGAAGCAAGUCAUGGUGGGUAACCAGGGCCGGUCCAGACCAGGCAAAGACCUCCUCAUGGGCUUCAUCUCAGGGGCAGUGAACGUGCUCCUGACCACGCCCAUGUGGGUGGUCAACACCCGGCUCAAGCUGCAGGGGGCAAAGUUCCGGAACGAAGACCUCCAGCAGACCCACUACAGAGGCAUCUUUGAUGCUUUCUCGCAGAUCAUAGCCAGCGAGGGAGUGGGGACUCUUUGGAACGGUACACUGCCUUCUCUGGUGCUGGUCUUCAACCCUGCAGUCGUGUUCAUGUUCUAUGAAGCCAUGAAGAGGAGAGCAGGCAGAGGAGGGAGGAAGAUCACAUCAGCAGAGAUCUUUCUCAUUGGAGCUGUGGCCAAGGCCAUCGCUACCACGGCAACGUACCCCCUGCAGACCGUCCAGGCCAUUUUAAGGUUUGGGCAGCACAAAGCUGAGGGCAAGGGAGGUCUACUGGGCAGCCUCCGAAACAUAGUCUACCUACUUAUGGACAGAAUCAAGAGGCAUGGUGUGCUGGGCUUAUACAAAGGCCUGGAGGCCAAACUGCUCCAGACGGUACUAACGGCAGCCCUCAUGUUCGUGGUGUACGAGAAGAUCACCGCAGCCACCUUCAAGGUCAUGGGCAUCAACAAGAAACUGAAGCACUGAGGUGUGAGCUAGGAACCUAGCCCCUAGACCUCAACCUGCACUGGCUAUACAACAGUGGUCACCACCCACCCUGGUCCUGGAGAGGAGCUUACAGGGUGUGGCAGGUUUUGUUCCUGCCCAGCAAUGAAACACCUGGUUCAACGUUCAGAUUGACCUAUAGAUAUUAGAGUAUCUGGAACUUGAUUCAAGUGUGUUAGUGCUGGGUUUGAACAAAAGCCUACACACCUGUCUCCAAGAUGAGGGUUGGUGACCACUGGGCUACAGACUCCCCAUCCCAACCUCCCUCUCCUCAUUCCCAACAUACACCUCAACCAGAGAUGGUCUGUCUCUCCUCUCUCUUCCCCUUACACUCAGGGGUUUAUUCCACAUACAGUAUUCACACCUGUCUUCCCUACGCUGCCACUAUGGGUGAAUCUCUCUGGAAACGGUUGUGCGUGGUCUUGUAGGAGGUGGCAUAACUGUCUGGCAUAUGCAUUCUGUGGCAAUUACUAGGAUUACACUUUUUUAUUAUACCUGAAUGAAUGGCAUUACAUUUGAAUAUUUUUCUACUGUCAGUUAUGCUUUCUCCACCCCUAUUACUCUGGAGUGCUGAUAAGAACUAUCAGCUUUACUAGCCAACUCCUUUUGGUUUAGACAUUGACUUGCCAAAUAGUUGUUUGGCAAGAAGAUGCCAAAAAGUGUUUCUGCUGUAGUCAACCGACUAGUAACACAAAAGCUAGUUAAGAGCAAUAUUCUCAAGAACCUUGAGGGCUUGAGUGAAGCAUCAAGGCAUUUGCACACAUGACUGUAUUAUAUUUAAAACUCUGUAUAUGUCACAGUGCUCCUUCAGCCCUGCAUUAGGACCACUGUGAACCCUUUCCGGAGAGAUGUUACUGCUCUUGAAAGGUAGGUGUUGAUUUCUCAGCUGGCUGUGACCGUUUGGUGCCUAUGUGCUGAAUGGCCAAGCAGAUCAAACAAAGGCUAUCUGUGGUACUAUUGGCACAGGACAGAAAAAACAUGGGAUGCUAUGAGUGUUUUGUAUGACUUGAGUUUUCUGAGGUGUCAUACAUUAUGUCCAUUCGUGUCCAAUACAACACACAUAUCUUGGCUUCAAUGACUUACUAGAAGGGGAUCCCAUAUUAAUUUUUUUACUCCUGUGUCAUAAUUGCCUUGUAUUGCCUUUAAUGAAGCCAGUCAACCAUUCCUCACAUCAGUCUUAUGAUUUAAUUCAGAAUACAAUAACCAUUAUUCUAAGUGCUUCUCUUAUUUAAAGGAGUUUUCCCCAACCACCUAACAAGGAAAACCUCUGGGCCCUAGUUAUUAUUAAAAUACUGAUUUACCAUAGGAUUUUAACCUAGAAGAAUAUCUGCAAGACAAAAGGCUAUAUUUAUUUAGGGUGUCAGUAUUAGAUGAGUGUUACGUCAUGUUUCACAAAACUGCAGCCAGAAAUGUUCAGUCAGUUUUACCUCAUUGCUGUUCAACAGGUUCGUGUUCAUUAGGCACCAACCGGACUGAAACAGGGAGGGACAUGAAACACUCAUUUUCAUUUUACGUUGCAUUAACGUUUUCUGUUGCGUGCCCUAAUGGACAUAACCCAGAUGAAAAGGAGAGUUGGUUGGGUCUAUCUAUAGAGACAUUUUAUAAACACUUUUUAAUAUAACAGAAUACUUUUUUUAAACCUUAAACCUAUUUAAGUUUGGACAAAUAAUAAAAGAUUCUUAAUCUCUA